AUGUCAAAGGCAUUUGGAAAACUGGUUGGGAACCCCAAAAACCCACUCCCAGUCAACCCGACUACGCAAAAGGCGGAGCGUCUCAAUUUGCUCAAAUUCGCUCGCCCUUACAUGCGAGCAUUUCACUUUGCGUGGCUUGGAUUUCUUACCGCGUUCGCUGGGUGGUUUGCUAUCUCUCCUUUAGCUCCAACAAUUAAAAAGGACUUGAAUUUAGACAAUUUCAAAUUUAAUGAUACAAACAUUAUUGCAGUCGCCUCGACUAUUAUGUUCCGUAUGCUUGCUGGUCCAUUAUGCGACAAUAUUGGUCCUAAAAAGGUUAUGGCUACGUUACUUCUGUUGGGUUCCAUUCCACUCGGAUUAUCCGGUUUGGCACACUCUCGGGAAGGAUUGAUGGUUGCAAGGUUUUUCAUUGGUAUUCUUGGAGCGGUAUUUGUUCCAUGCCAGUUCUGGACAAUGCAGAUGUUCGACUCUAACGUUGUCGGUAGUGCUAACGCAAUUGCUGGAGGAUGGGGAAACAUGGGAGCUGGUAUUUCCUACCUUAUCAUGCCCGUAAUCAUGUCAGGGAUUACUGAUCGAGGAGUGUCCCCGCAUGACGCUUGGAGACUGACGCUAGUAGUACCAGCAGGUAUGGCGAUUGUCGUCGGCAUAGCUAUUCUGUUGUUUACAGAUGAUUGUCCACAAGGAAAAUGGAAAAAUAGGGGGAAACUCGUAGAAGAAGAGAAGAUUGUUGACGUACACAACGCUGGAGAUGUUAAUAAGGAAAAGAAGUCAGUUGCGAUUGAACCGGCAAACGAAAGUACCACCACUGCCUCUCAACCUAUUUCUAAAACUAAGGCUUUUCUCACUGCCGCAUCUGAUUUCAAUGUGUGGGUUUUAAUAGUUAUGUAUGCCUGUACAUUCGGCGUAGAAAUAGCGGUAGACAACGUUCUUGCAGAUUUUCUUUUCAACCACUUCCACUUGACCCAAAAGACAGCGGGUUUGAUCGGAUCUCUGUUUGGAAUGAUGAAUUUAUUCUCACGCGCUACGGGAGGUUUUCUAUCUGACUUUGCAAGUUCUCGUGCUGGAAUUCGUGGAAGAUUAUUUGUGCAACUUUUUAUUAUAUUCCUUGGAGGAUUAUUCCUAUUUCUUUUCCGAUUUGCUGUUAGUACUUUGUCUGGAGCUAUUGUCGUGUUGGUUAUUUUCAGCUACUUUAUUCAG